AAGGGCUGGAAAAAGAGCAAAUGGACAUUCCCUGUGUGGACAAUCAGCCCAGAGGAAGUCUGAGGCAUGGGGUAUCUGUGUCACUUGACCAUAGUGGCAAGCAGGAAGUGACAUCAGAAGGUGAACUGGAGCAGGUCCAGAGGAAGGCGACGCCGACUCUGGGAGAGAGAAAGAGUGUUUCCCACACGACAGUCAACCAGGAGAGCCGUGCCCGAGGGUCAGGUGCUUGUCUGGUGGAGCGAUAUCUCCGUAGGUCCUUCCCCAGGGGCUUGUCCAAGUGCUCCUACCCAGACAAGAACAGGGAGCGGCAUGUAGACGAGCCACGGGGGCCUGGUCCUUUCUACUUCUUUGGAGGAGCCAAUGGGGCUGAAAUAGUGAGCAGUUACUGUGAGAGCAGAGGGUGGAAGAGGAUUUAUAACAAGCACAGAGAGGAUUUCAAACUCAAGUGGUGUGAAACCAAAUCACCAGCCAACUACUACAACUUCAGAGAAGGUGAACAGCUGAUGUACCAGAUUCCUAACAACAAGGUGCUCACCACUAAGAUCGGCCUCCUCAACAGUCUGCGAGAGUAUGAGCGAGUCUGCAGCAAAUCUAGGUUGCUUCCUCCUUGUUGUGUUGUACUUUACAGGAGGCUGAAAAUGGAAGAGUUCAUUCCCAUUACCUACCGCAUGGAUGUGAAGGAAGAGAGGGAAGCUUUCUUUGCCCAACAGGAGGGUGUGAGGAACAAUGAGAGUUGUAUGUGGAUCUGUAAACCCACGGGUCUGAACCAGGGCAGAGGGAUCUUUCUGCUGAAGAGCCAGGAGGACUUAGCUGCCCUCAGACUGAAGCUGCAGCACAUGGAGGACAGCUUGGCCAACAGGAAGAUGCAUCACUGCCAGCCUCAGGCUCACAUCGUCCAGCAUUACAUUCAGAGCCCGCUGCUGCUGAAAGGGAAAAAGUUUGACGUCCGCUCUUACCUUCUGAUCGCCUGCACCGCACCUUACAUGGUCUUCUUUCGGCAUGGUUAUGUGCGACUAACCUGUGACCUCUACGACCCCAGCUCCAACAACCUCUCUGCCCACCUGACCAAUCAGUACAUGCAGAAGAAGAACCCUCUGUACAGCCAGCUGAAGGAGGACACUGUUUGGUCCAUGGAGAGCUUCAACGCCUACGUCAACGACAGGUUUCGGGUUGCCAAGGGUCUGCCCAGGGACUGGGUGCUGGGCACCUUUGCAAAGCGCAUGCAGCAGAUCAUGACGCAGUGUUUCUUUGCAGUCAAAUCCAAGUUAGACUGCCGACUGGGCUUCUUCGACUUGAUUGGCUGCGACUUCAUGGUUGACGAGGACUUCAAGGUGUGGCUGUUGGAAAUGAACUGUAAUCCAGCUCUCCAUACGAACUGUGAGGUGCUGAAGGAGGUGGUACCUAGCACUGUUUUGGAGACACUGGAUUUAACUCUGGAGAUCUUCAACAAGUGCCGUCUCAGGCAGAGAAUCCUGCCUUUGGUUAGUCAGAGGGAGUUUGUGCUGCUCUACAACGGAGUUUUCCCUCCUGAUUCAGCACUGGCCUGCGACAAGAGCAAAACAAACAAUGAAUUCUACUACAAAACCACAAAAAAGACCCAAAAGGCUGAACCCAGAAGGUGUACGACAGGAAUGGAGAGCAAAAAUGUGCGCUCAGCAUCCCCUGAUAAGCGUGUGAACGUCUCAGAGAGUGGUGAUGGACUGUGUAGUUCAAAGUCUGGCCGUCAUCCCACCAUGUUUACUGCCACCUCUCCCUUUUUUCAAAACUCAUCAGUGCAGGGGCCUUCACAUUUACACAGCAGCACCAACAGCAUACAGACAGUCAGGAAUAAGAACCUCAGGCCUCGGGUCCAGCUCAAGCUGAACAAAUGUACUUUGCGUCACCAUUUGAAAGCCGCAGAUGACCUGAAACACUCUAAGACUCAGCAGAACACGCAGAUCAUCAUGUCGCUGUCAUCACCAGCAUUAAGUGAAGGGACCUCCACCUGCGGCUCUCAGGAGACGACACCUUUCCCUCCUCACGCUGGACCUCCAGUGUGGGUGGACGAAUGUGAAAGAGGAAAGGAACCUGGUGAAAAAGAACUCAGAGAGGAUGCAAAGAGUUUAGUGUGUGAGAGAAAAGAGGAACUGUGAAGCAUGUAUGCAAACAGCUGUGAUCUAAACAGCUUUGUUUCAAAAAAAAAAAUGUGCACAUUGGACACCUGGUGCUUUUUUAUUUUCUGAGAAAUGCUGAGGAAUGUUUAAUGUGACAAUAAAGA